CAAACUUUAGAAUUAUCGUCAAUACAAACAUCCUUACCCUUAUCUGAUACCUGCUGGAGUGGAGCUUGCCAAUCCACAGAUUGAUCAAGAGCUGUCGGAAAAAAUGUCAGAAUGAUAAGAUCAUUCGAAAAGUGCGCACGCAAAAUGAGCACAUUUGAAAACCCGAUCUCCCAGCUGAAGGAUAUUUUUCAGUGCGGUGUAGAUGCUGUAAAACCACGUUCCCUGUUCCAGCAACAGUUAGUUCAAAACAUCGCUUUACAACAAAGUCUAUCACACGAAGACAAACGUUAUCAUGUGAUCGGUUUCGGAAAGGCGGUGCUUGGAAUGGCUGUUGAAAUAGAAAAGUUACUCGGCACCCGCCUGCGCAGCGGCUUGAUCAGCAUUCCCGUAGGCACCAGAGAACGGUUUGCCAAAGAUUUGGAUUUUUCGCUGCACCCUGACAGCCCCCUGGAAGUGAUCGAAUGUGCUCACAAUAAUCUACCAGACGAACGAGCAACCGUUGCUGCCUCGAGGAUGAAGGCACUCGCGCAGGUCAUGUCCUCCGAUGAUGUGCUUUGCGUACUGGUUUCUGGAGGUGGAUCUGCCCUGCUGUGUUUACCAAAGAAACCUGUCACGCUGGCGGAAAAGCUGCACAUCAUAAAAACAUUGGCUGGCUCUGGAGCGUCAAUCGACGAGUUGAAUCACGUGAGAAUAGCCUUAUCAGCGGUCAAAGGAGGACAGCUAGCGAUGGAGGCGCAGAAUGCCUUCAAGGUGUAUUCGUACGUUAUUUCGGAUAUUGUUGGCGAUCCCGUCGACUUGAUUGCUAGCGGUCCGACCGUUAUUGGCCAUGGGGCAGACGAGAAUGCAAAUGCAAAAGCGAUACUGAUGAAGUACAAAUUGUGGGACCAGCUUCCGAUGUCCGCGGCACAAGUUAUCGACCGAUCGAAAACCACCGAACACGCUUCUAUUCCAGGGGAAUUGUUUUUACUCGGAAGUAAUGAUACGGCUGUAAAAAGUAUCGUGGAACGAGCUAAUUUGCAAGGUUUAAAAACCAUUAUUUUAUCUAAAAAGAUCCAGGGUAAUGUUCGGACAGUUAGUGAAAUGUAUGUGUCACUGGCGGAAUUGAUUUACAACUUUAAAAUAGAUAAACUAUCGGUGGGUGCAUUAGAGGAUCGAAUUAAACAGUUAUUCCACGGCGUAGCGUACGAUGAUCUAACACCGAACGAGUUUUUGGCAAGCUUAGCAGAAUCCAAGAACCAAAGCUUCCUUAUCGUUGGUGCUGGUGAACCAACGGUCUGUUUGGAAGGUGACGGUAAGGGUGGUAGAAAUCAAGAACUUGCCCUUCGAUUUUCCUAUGGCAUACGAGCGCGUCAGGUUGGUUCAGAUAGGAUUUAUUUUCUAUCAGCUGGUACAGAUGGUAUCGACGGCCCAACGGAUAUGGCCGGUGCAAUCGGUGGAGCUUUCGUGGCACAAGCAUACGAUCAAAUGGGCAGCGCAGCGGAUGGCAUGGCCUUCGCCAAGCGGAAUGAUUCGUAUCAAUUCUAUAGCUCCGUUGGGGAAGGUGAAUAUUUCGUAAAAACCGGCCACACGGGAACCAAUGUGAUGGAUAUACAUUUGCUGUUAGUUACCUAGCCGAUGUGGGAAGGAUAUCCAUACAGCCAACCCUAUAAACCACAAAUACAUGGAAAACGGAAAUCGUGCUUGUUGUACAUCUGUUGGUUAGAAAUAAAAAAGGCAAAUGGAUGUGAUACA